UCGGAGAGCGCGCGAGCGAAAACGCAACAACGAAAUAGACGUAAGCGAAACUUAUUCAAAAAGGCUAAAGAGUUUGUCCUUAAGUGCGAUUCCGAUGUCUUCUUGGCUGUGCGAGUCCGCAAAAACGGACAGAUGUAUAUCCUUGACUCUUCUACUUAUAAUCAGUGGCUCAAAGACUUGUCCAACUUGGAGUCAUGCUACCCUCGUCCAAUCCAAGAAUCGGCGGAGAUAGACCGCGAGCUUGGAGAGGCUCUUUCAGAUCAAGGAGAUGGAUCAGCUCUUUCCAAAGUCUAG